AUGACGGCCUUUCUGCCCGUCAACGUCACCCGCCCGCCCCUCGACCUGAACCGGGACUUGGACAAAGACCCAGACGCCCGCCGCGCCCCGGCCCCCGACCGCCCGGUCGCGCGAGACGUCGCCGACCAAGCCCUGCCGCUGAACUCUUCCACCACAACUACCACCACCGCCGCCAACCACACCGACCGCAUCAGUCAGGCUGCUGCCGCUGCCGCCGUCGCCGCCGAUCCUGCAAGAUCCAGUCUGCCUCAUCGCCGCCCUGCUGUGCCCAAACACCCCAGCCGCGACGGCUCGUCCACCCAGGAAGACAUGCAGGCCCACGAGUCGGAGGGAGAGCACUAUGCCAGCGAGAACGAGCCCGAGCCGCCCGACACCGCGCCCCCGUCCAAGAAGAAAAAGGGCCAGCGCUUUUACUGUCGCGAUUUCCCGCCUUGCAACUUGAGCUUCACUCGAAGUGAGCAUUUGGCUCGACAUAUUCGAAAACACACCGGUGAACGCCCCUUUCAGUGCCACUGCUCUCGUCGAUUCUCUCGUCUGGACAAUCUGCGACAACACGCACAGACCGUCCACGUCAAUGAAGAGAUCCCCGGCGACUCACUGGCCGCCUCUGCCACACGCUUCCAGCGCCAGGUGCGGACAGAUCGUAUCCGACCUGUGGGCAGAGCCCGCGCCGGCACUGGUGGCAGCCCAGGCAACCAUGGUCGCGGCCACGGCCGAAACUUAUCCUCAUCGAGCAUCACCUCUACGGUCUCGUCCUUCAGCCAGGCCGCGGAAAUCAGACGUCGCCCGCCGCCGUUGAUGAUGGCAGGCGAUGGCGCGGCGAGAGCCAGGCUCUCCUUGGAAGCCACUUCAUCGCCACCCACGACUCCCCCGCAACAGGCCCCCCUGCUCUACCCAGGACAGUCGCCCAGCACGACGCUGUUCACCCCCUCGUCUAGUACCUACGAGUCCUUCUUCGCAUCGCCUUCCUCCGCCACCGACUACUGGGGAGAGGGUACGCAUAAUCGCCGACUCUCCGUGCCUUCGGGGAGCAGAUACGAUGCGGCCAACGCAAUCCGCUACCCGGCGCCGGCUCGACCGCUCGUCCCCGCCGGCCAUCCGUACACUGCAGACGGCUUUGUCUACCCCCCGACGAUCGUUCCGACCCCACAAGAUCCGCAGCCGCCGUUUCCUCCUGAGGCGGACUGGCGGAGAAGGACGUGGCAUCCUGGCUCCGGAUCCACCCGCCCGAACCCCGGUGGAAUGUGGAUCCAGGACUCCGUCCCUGGAAGUGUCCAAACUGGGUAUCCCGCGAACCUGCAGUCGGUCCCGAAUCACCCGCAAAGGCUACCCGGCAUCGAGAGUUUCGAUCAAAUGCAACAGAGCCCAUUGGCCCCUCCCCGCCGCGAACCAACGCCCAUGCAGAUCGACGGCCCUGGCCCAGCUGAGCCAGCGACGCAACAGGCACCCGCUCCUUCGCCGUUUCCGGUGUCUUUUCGCCCCCAGAUGCCCGCGUCAAGACCGCAGCCCCCCAUCUCAGGACCGGGCCAUCGACGAGGGUAUUUCUCUCUGGAUAUGACGCUGCAUAGUGGUUUGAACAAGCUUGGCCUUCAUGAGAACACCGAUGCCACCCGCUGGUCUCGGAACAACGGUGUGCCGCAGACUAGCCAGCCUGAACUGGCUCCUGUGGCCGCCGAACGACCCGCUGACAGACGUCAUGUUCCCUUCGAUCCAGUACCCAGAGCUGAACAGCCCAACCGGAACAAUGUCAAUGGCCAUGGCUGGUAUGACGGCAAAUCUGCACCUCCUCCGCCACAGCAACGACAGCCUACUUCCUCUCCCCGCGUCCUGAACGGCGACACCGCUCCGCAGGCCAGCAUGGACUAUCUGACGACUGUGGUACAGCAUGACCGUGGAGCGGAACGUCGCGACUCACUGGUCUCAGGGGAUUAUAACACUUCGUCGCAACCUCCUGCCCGUGCUAAGCCACAAGGGGACCCGUUCCCCGGCUCAGCCGGCGGCGAUGCUCGACUGCAGGCUCUCGUUGCUGUUGCGACGUGCGAGAGCAAUAAAAGAGACGCAUAG